AUGGAUGCCGAUGUCGAUGCGAUCGAUGUCGUUGAUGACGAUGACGAAGACGCUGGCAUAUUCAGCAUCUCAAAUGACCGCCAAAGUGAGGACGACGACACCAUCACUGUUGAAAACAAUGUUCUUUCAGCGGUGCACACGAAGCUCACUGCUGUUGACAAGGAUGUAUCAGCAGAGGAAUUCAUGCUGACUCGCGAAGCGGUUGUCCGCUUCGUUCAAGAACCUACUGCAGAUGCACAAGACGGACAGAAGAGAAAUGCAGACAAACAUGGAAGAGCAAAUGUUCUUUCAUUUGAUAAAGGAGACCUAGUUUUACUGUCUUAA